AUGGCGCCGAUGUCUCGACACUCUUUUUCAGGCAGAGCAUCCAGAAACCAACCUAAGUCGGCUUUGAAAUCAUCGCGCCACGCAGUCGAUUCGCCUGAGGGUCCUCCUUUCAAGAAGCGCAAGUACGUCCCCGGGGGACCUGGGGGAGGUGGACGCUUCAUAGAUGUUGAGGCCUCCCAAGAGACAACACCUAAGAAGAAAAACAACACUCCGAGACGACACUCCGCAAGCGCGCGCAGCCCCUCCACCACCACCCCCCUUGUACCAACAACACCGCCUUCUGUGACGCGUCCUCGACGAGACAAGAGCCAGAACCGGGGUCGCUUCCCUUCAUCCACAGCUGCUGCGCUGGCUUUACAACAGGGGGAUGGGUACAAACCGCGAGAAGAGCGAGGAUGGGAGGAAUUCCAUCCUGACUUGGACAUCGAUGGCAAGCUCGCCGUGUUCACAGCCGAGGAAGUGGACACGGUCGAGCCAGUUUCUCUAGGCUUGGAGUCUCUAAAUGGCAACGGCACAGAUAGUAGCACGGGAACGCCUGUCGCAUACCCCUCGGAACUGCCGUCGCCUGCUCCCUUCAAGCGUAGGCCUGGACGUCCUCCACGCCGCCCUGAAGCCAUCCUCAAUGCUCUCUUUCACCAACAUCCCAAGAUCAUACCGCCGCCGGGGCCGAACCCUCGGGAGAGAUUGACACUUCCAAAGCCGUCAUUCCGGCUAAAGGACCCUUUCACGUUGUACGAGAACAAGAGUGUUGGCCACCAGAACUAUGUCGAUCGAACGAUGGCCAGUGUUGGCUACCAGGAAAGCGAUCUGUUCCUUCGACAUGACCGGCGCUUCAUUCGGAUGACCGAGGGCGCGCAAGAAGACGACAUGGACGUGAUUCAGCCUGCCGUAGUUGAAGGCGAUGUGAAUGCGACGACCGGACGGGUUGAAUAUGACAUGGAUGAACAGGAUGAGAAAUGGCUGGAAGACUACAAUGCCAAGCGCCGGCAGGAUCAGCUUGAGCCGAUCAAACCAGCCAUAUUCGAGAUCACCAUGACCAAGAUCGAAAAAGAAUGGCAUGCGCUUGAGAAACGAAUCCCGAAGCCGAACCCCAAGCCACCACAGACACAUCGACCGCGGUCCAGCUCUGCAGCCGCAGUUAAUGGCGAAACGGCUGGGGCUGGAGAAGAGCAAGAUAGCAAGUGCGCUAUCUGUGACGAUGGUGAUUGCGAGAACGCGAACGCCAUUGUUUUCUGCGAUGGUUGUGACCUGGCGGUUCACCAAGAGUGUUAUGGUGUUCCUUUCAUCCCUGAGGGCCAGUGGCUGUGCCGCAAGUGUCAGUUGCUGGGCAGAGGGACCACGAACUGUAUCUUCUGUCCCAACACCGAGGGUGCCUUCAAACAGACCACCUCUUCCAAGUGGGCGCAUCUUCUCUGCUCCAUCUGGAUCCCCGAGGUAUCCAUUGGAAACCCAUCACUCAUGGAACCGGUCACCGAUGUUGAAAAGGUACCGCGCAGCCGGUGGAAGCUGCUUUGCUAUAUUUGCAAGCAAAGAAUGGGCGCCUCAAUUCAGUGCAGCAACAAGAACUGCUUCGUUGCCUUCCACCCUUCGUGCGCACGCAGGGCUCAGUUGUACCUGAAGAUGAAAAUUGGCCACGGGCUCAUGGAUUCCCAUCUACUCAAAGCAUUCUGCGACAAGCACGUUCCGCCGGACUGGCGAUUGGAGCAUGGAACUGACCAGGCAACUGCCGACGCAAUUGAAUACUACCGCGAUACUAUGCAAGGUAGACGAUGGGGUGAUAGCCAGGCAGCGGCACUGCAGAUGGGUCCGUCACACGUCGAACCUGGAGAAGAAGAAAGGACUCUUACCCCUCGCAUCACUUUGACCGUUGGUGGGAACAAACGAAAGCGUGUCCCUAAAACAGUCUGGAAGCUUCCCUCUGGAGCCCCAGUCAUCCCUCAAGUUGUUUUGAAUUCCGUUGUCGCGGCCCUCCAGCGGUUCACCGUUCGUCACCGAAAGCAGUACGCCGAAGACGCGUGCAAGUACUGGACACUCAAACGAGAGGCCCGACGAGGUGCGGCGUUACUGAAGAGACUUCAGCUGCAGUUGGAAACCUUCUCCUCCAUGGAGAUGACACGAAGAGAUUAUGUGGCAAUGGGCGUCACCGGCUACAAGCGCUUGAAUCGUCGCAUUGAGUUUGGAGAACGACUCUACAAAGACCUUGACAAACUGAGAAUGCUUUGCGAUGAGGUGAAGAAACGUGAAAGGGAGAAACUGAAGGAUGCCGAGAUGCUUCGCAGCAUCGUUGAUAUUGUCUAUUUCCCUACGUUCCCUAUGCUCUGGCCGAUCUUCGAGAAAGCGCAACUGUUGGAUGGCAAAGGUACAUUUGCUGCAGGCUUGUCGUGCAUACGGAAGCGACUCGAGGAACGAUUCUACCCAUCUGUCGCCUCAUUUUCUGCCGACCUGGCCAGUCUUUUCACAUCAGAGAUUGGCGUUGAGUCGGCGGGCGAUACAGCUGAGCUUCAGGAGCAGAUCGCCGGCCGGGCCUCGGGACUAAGCAUUGAGCAGCGUGAGAAACGAAAACUUGCGAAGCGGAUCAUCAAGGCCAUCCAGCCAGCCCUGGAAGAUGCGAUCCGAAAGGAGAGCGAGUUGAACCGCAAGCCGUUCGAGAAGGAGUUGAAGGAGCUAGACGUGAUUCUCGACCACAGUGUGAUGUCUCGUCGUGAUUCCAUCGAUAUGGAGGGCGAUACCGAAAUGGACAUUGCUCAACCCGAUGCCAUGGAAGGUGUUGAGACCGGCGAUGCGUCAGAAGCUCCCGCGGAGCCCCAGCUCGUGGACGGCAUUGCUCCUGACCAGGAGGCCGCAGCUGAGGAGGGCAAUGGCGAAGAGCCUGUCGCUGAAGAGAAUAUUAAACCCAAUAUCAACACGACUUACAAUCGACACCCCACUCCGGAGUUGACCGAAGAGGACCAGCAGCUUCCUCUAGCUCGUGGCGGCAUUCAAUGGUAUAUGCAGCCAUUCGACCCUGUCGGCACAACGAUACACGAAGAACGCUGGACCGGGCGGGAUGUGAUGCGGGGCAUGAGCGAGGAGCUGAGUGAACUAGAUGAGGACGAGUUGCAAGACCUGGUGGAUGAUGACGCGGACGCAGACCCUACAAAGACGGCCGAGGCCGGCAAGUCGAAGCAGAACGUCCGCCGAACCCGUCGCGGGCGCAAGUAA